AUGCGUGCUGACUCUCCAGGACAUUCAGCUAAAUACGGUAGUUACACCAUGAUGAAUCUGCAAAGUAACAGCGUCAUUGACAUCCAACUUAUCCAGAGCAGUGAAGUUGGGAACAGUGUAAGGAUGGAGAAGGAAGGAUUUAUACGCAGUCUGACCAUGCUGGAAGAGAAGGGUGUGAAAGUACAGGCAAUUGUGACGGACAGACACACAGGAGUGCAGAAGUACCUAAGGGAGGAAAAAAAAGACAUCACUCACUAUUUUGACCCUUGGCACAUGGGAAAGGGAAUGGGGAAGAAAAUAGAUGGACUGGCAAAGAAAAAGAUCACUCAGGAUGUGGGCCAAUGGAGGAAGAGCGUGGUGAAUCACCUCUACUGCCACUGGUUGGGGAAAGAGCAAGGGAGUGGCUCAAGCCAAGCACAGCAGCAUGCGAAAGACUAA